CCUAAUACUAUCGGAGUUCCAAUAGAUAACGAAAUCCGAGAGGUGAUACGUUCACCUGUUGUAAUCUCACGAAAUGAAAAUAAACCCGAUGGCGGUGUUUUAUUUCCUUCUUGUGACCAUUCUACCCGCGGUUGUUGUACCAUUACCAAACACAAACCUACUGAAGGAAACAUUGUCUACGGUAGAUAGGGCAUUGACAUUUUUUAGUUCAGAUUAUAGUAGUAUCAAUGUGGACGGAUUAUUUGGACUAAGAAUCGGACAGGGACAAUUGAUAGAGGCUGCAAAUGUAUGUGCCAAAAAGAAAAAUUGUGCAGGUUAUCUGCAACUUUUGAAAUCUUUGACAAGCAAACUCGACGAAACAUGCGAGAAAGCAUUACCGUAUAUAGAACAGAGUGAUCCUGAUUAUUACAAAAGAUUUGAGCAAACAAUUUCAAAACCAUAUAUUCUACCAUAUACACCAACCAAAUUUGAUUCUUCUGUGUUGUCCAGUAUACGAACCGGAACAAACUCAAGCUAUGUGGAGGAAGAAGGAGACGCAUGUUAUGCAAGAAUUAUGGGAACUUUUGAGGAACCAAAAACAGGCUUAAAAACGACCCGCUGUAACAUCACCAAUUCAUGUUAUAAUAUGAUGACGUCACAAGGUACAUCCAAAUAUGCUAUCACACAUCAGCUGUUAUUCUUUAUGGUGAUAGAACAUGUAGGUUGUACCGAACAGGUAGAAACAUUUAUUCAUGGAAAUAAAUUACGUGACAUACAAAAAGGAUUCUGCCAGAAAAUAUACAAAGAAGCCGAUAACUUGGUGGUAAAUGGAAAGGUGAAAUCUUCUCAUAGAGAUUUGUUCCUAGAACAAAGUGUAUUAUGCGGGUCCCUGGGAUUCGAAGAUUUCUUUAGAUCUGAUUGGAUAAAAAUGACCUUGACAUGGCCAGACAAAAAAGAUGGUUGUAUGAAAUCAACAUGGACACAGCUACUUGAAGUGAAAGGUGAAGAUCUAGUUAAAUCUCUGCUUACUAAUCCUAAAGCACAACAUCUUGCUGGAAACGUGGGCAAAUCAAUUGAACAUAAGUUUGAGGAGGAAUUAAAAAAACUAAGUGGUUCUAAAACAAUGAGGAAACUUCUGAGGGAAAAGGCCAUGAAAGAUGACUGCAUGGCCCAUGCCUCAGGAUUGGCUUUUGGAACAUUCGGCAGUUAUGUACGCUAUUUAGUACUACAGUUAUAAAUCAAUAAAACCACUAUCGAUUACAUUAAA